AUGGCAGCGCUUCUCCAGACUGCAGCGUCCCACGUCCGCGUCCCUCGCGCCUCUGACCGCGUGUACCGUGACGAGUGCGUCUUCUCCUUUGACUCUCCGCUCGCUCCCUCUGGUCUCUACACGAAUUUGCACUCGUUCCUGUCGUACGGAGCUUCCAGUCUCGCUUUUGACCGCAGCGACUCGGCCGUCUACUUGCACCAGCACCACCAGCGCAAGAUCAAGCCACGCACUUCCCACAAUGGUGCAGAAACGCCCACGAAGCUCGCGAUUGGUGGUGCUGGAGGCUUUGCCGCCAGUGUAGACGAUAAAUUUGAGCUUGACAAAACACUUUCCAUUGUUCUAUUGGACUCGGAGCUACGAGAGCUUGUCCGCGUGCCUUUAGACGCUCCAGAUGUUCCUAUUCGGGUAAAAGAAGCUGCUGAUGCUGUGCUGCACCAUGCAGGAAACACUGUCACGGAGGAGGUGGCGUCCUGGCAGGAGGAGCUGAAGCUGUCCAAGUAUGCAGACCAUCUGGAGCAGCUACCAUCUCCACCCCAGAUUGCGUCCAACCCAUUGGCGUGGAAGUGUCAAGGGCCUCAGUGUGAUAAGCAGGAGAACUUGUGGCUCAAUCUCUCGGACGGCUACAUUGGCUGUGGUCGGCAGAACUGGGAUGGAUCCGGUGGAUGUGGUGCUGCUCUGACGCACUUUAGCGAGGCGGGAGGAAUGUACCCGCUGGCAGUCAAGCUAGGUACGAUAACUGCAGAAGGAGGCGAUGUGUAUAGUUACGCUCCUGAUGAAGAUGAUAUGGUCAAGAAUCCGCACUUGGCUCGGCAUUUGGAACACUUUGGCAUUAAUAUCAACAAUUUGCGCAAGACGGACAAGUCAAUGGAUGAACUGCAAGUGGGACUGAAUUUGUCGCAUGAGUUUGAUGCUGUGACGGAGGUCGGGAAGAAACUUGUGCCCGUGUCUGGGGCAGGAUAUAUAGGUUUUAAGAACUUGGGGAAUAGUUGCUACAUGAACUCGGCGCUGCAGCUGCUGUUGGCGUUACCAGAGGUUCAGGAACGCUAUUUUAAGGAUACAGAUAAGAUUUUUGCCACGGUAGACACGCCGUCAGCGUUACCCGUGGACGAUUUUGCGGCACAGUUUGCCAAACUUGCGAAUGCAGCACUUACGGAUCGAUAUGAGAAGCACUAUCUCACGCCUAAGGACAGCAGCAAGGAUGUGGAAGAGGACGACAUCCACAAUAUCGAUUUGCGACCGACAACAUUCCGUGCCCUUGUCGGCAAAGGCCACCCAGAUUUCUCGACGGGCCAGCAGCAAGAUGCUGUGGAGUAUUUGCAACAUCUACUGGACUUUAUGACUCGAGUCGAGCGUGUAAGUACGGACCGCUUAGGACCACUUCUUCCAGGAGGUAGUGCUACAAGUGCGGAGCAGCCGACUGCAAGUUUGUUUAAGUUCAAGCUGGAAGACCGUGUGCAGUGCAUGUCUUCAAGUAAAGUCAAAUACGUGCCGCGCGACGACACGGUCUUACAGUUGCAAAUCCCCCUGGAGGCAGCCACCAACGCGACACAGGUGACUGCAUACCAGGUGCUAAAGCAAAAGCGCCAGCGCCUUGUCGACAACGGAAAGUCUGAGAGUAAUACGGCCACAGAUCACGUCGAGCGUGUGGUGCCCGAUGUUCCGUUUGAAGCUUGUGUUGCAAAGACGUUGGCACCCGAAAUUAUUGACGACUUUUUGUCUCCAGCAACGGGCAAGAAGGGCCAAGCACAGAAGACGGUUCGCUUUCGCUCAUUCCCGCGUUACUUGCUUGUGCAAAUGAGACGCUUUUACGUAGCUAAAGACUGGACGCCUAAGAAGCUUGAAGUCGAGGUGAAGGUACCUGAAUGGUUUUCACUUACAAGAUUUUUGUCCAAGGGUCUUGUAGAUGGUGAGGAGGAAAUGAAGGAUGGGCUUGCAGCCAAUGUGGCGAGUGAAAGCGUCGUUACUACCGUGACGGACACUGCGGACGAAGCUUUAGUGGCUCAGCUAGUUGCCAUGGGUUUCUCUGAAAAUGGCUGCAAGCGCGCGGCGAUUGCGACUGGCAACGCCAAUGCUGAAGCUGCGAUGGAAUGGAUUCUUAGCCACAUGGAUGAUCCGGACUUUGACCAUCCACCCCCACCAGCACGUUCUGUAUCCGCGGCUGUUGGCGAGUCAUUUAACAUGGAGGUUGUCUCCAGUUUAAUGGCAAUGGGCUUUGCAGAGUCUCACGCUAAGUGUGCGCUAAAGCAAACGGAGAAUGAUCCUGAUCGCGCAGCGGAGUGGUUGUUCAGUCGUAUGGAUGAUUUGGACGGUGCUGUCGCCGACUGCAAUCGCGGUGCAGCGGCAUCAGUCGUCUCCACUGAUGAUAGUGGGUCCUCCGAAAAUCGUCUGGACAGCGAAGUAGUCGGUGAUUUCUCUCUUGUAGGUUUUGUCAGCCAUGUUGGCAAGAACACCAAUUCUGGGCACUACGUUUGCCACAUGAAGAAGGAUGGCCGCUGGAUUAUCUUCAAUGAUGACAAGGUGGCCGUGUCAAAGGAGCCGCCGCUAGGUGCUGGAUAUCUUUACUUGUUCCGUCGCACCGACACGCUUGCCUAA